AUGAUUGGAUUGAAGGGUACACUGAAUGUCAUUGACAACUCUGGUGCUAUUAUUGCAGAAUGCAUUCGUGUCAUGAGUGGAGCUCGUUUCGCGAGAGCAGGUGAUGAAAUUGUAUGUGUUGUUAAACGUGCUCGACCCAUCAAUCCUAACAUUGCAGGUACUCAAGCUGCAGCUCAAAAAGUGAAAAAGGGUGAUGUACGCCAUGCACUUGUGGUGCGUACUAAGAAAGAAAUGUCUCGACCUGAUGGCCGUACCAUUCGCUUUGAUGACAAUGCUUGUAUUUUAUUAAACAACAAAAAAGAACCUCUUGGCACCCGUGUGUUGGGUGUAGUUUCUGCUGAAUUAAGAACAAAGAACUGGAUGAAGGCAGUUUCACUUGCACCAAGAAUUGUAUAA